AAUGUGGGGACAAUUUGCCUGACACCCCUUCUCUUGCUGGCAGCGGAGCACAUGGCCCAAGCGGUUCUGCUUCCAGAACAAGUCCCUCGGAGCAGCCUGCUGGUUCCCAACUGAUCCCCAUUCCCCCUGUAGUUGAAAUCCCAGAGGGAAAUGUGGAAGCCUCGCACUCCUUUGAUGCGGAGGAAGUUGAUGUGGGGGCUCUUGUUCACAGAAGUGGGCGCUCCAGUGCUGGUGAUGCCGCUGGCUCCCGCGAAGAAGAUAUCCAAGUCGUGGAUAUUACCGAUGAGGUUCCUUCGCCUGAUUCGGCUCCAGAUGCCACCCUUGCUGAUCUUACGAAGAAGCGGAAGAGAGGUUCCCUGAUCUCUAUGGGUGAGAAGGAGAGACAGGAAAGCCUGAAAAAGACUGGCAAGUCCUCAGAGCCAGCGAGGAGGUCUGCUGGUGGUGUGAAGAUUCUCACUCCUGCUGGGGACAAGGGCAAAGGACCAGCGAAGAAGUCAACUGGUAGUUCCAAGGCUCUCCCCUCUGCCGGUGGAAAGGGUAAGGGCAAAGCUGUGGUGCCCUCGACUGACGAACCAGAGGAUCUUGUUCCUGGGCCGAUUUCGAGUUUAUCGGGGCAGGAAUUGAUUGACGCCUUGAUAGCUCGUGUCCACUCGAAGGACCAAGAGAAAAUGGUGAAGCUGACCCGACCGGCUUUAGCUACUCAGCUCUGCCGGUUGGCUCUUCAGGUGGAGUCAGGGAUGUGGGGGGCUGUUAAGUGCCUUCAUGACUACGAGACGGCUGAGAAAGAACGGGAGAAGGAACAGGCGGACAUCGCCAAGCGUGAUGAUGAUGUCGCCGGGGUAGUAGAGCGUCUGAGUAAAGCUGAAGCGGAGAUCGCUGAUUUGAAAGAUAAAUUAGCUCAGGUGGAGGUGGAGAGAGCGUCCUUGGCCUCCGAGUUGUCGAGAGCCACAAAGGAGAGCCACGAAAGCUUAGCCAGGUUCAAAGCUGGUUAUGAAAGAGACUACAGGGAAGCCAGGCGGGGUUGGAAGAGGAUACUUGUGGAAGCUCAGAACCGCGCGUUCGUUCUGGGGGCUCGAGAUCAACGCCUGGAGUAUUUCUUGUCUCCGUGGGGUCAACAUUUCCUGGGGUUGAUGCUGGAAGGUACUCUGGAGGCUUUCAAAAAGACCCCCGAGUACUUGGUGGAUUUUGGACCCCUCUUUGCUUAUGUGAUAGAGCAAACAGCUUCCAAGGCAUUGGAGAUGGCGGGGGCCACCCCGGAGCAACUUGCCACUUUGAAUUUCAAAGCCUUGAUGGAUAACCUCCAGGAUGAGGAGAUAAAUAAGCGGAUGGGGAUCCCUGCGCAUUCUCCAGAGAAGCCAGAGUGGUGGUACCCGGUGCUAGAGAAAGCCAUUCCCUAUUUUUCUCUUGGGAUUGGAUCUGACUUGCUACCUUCUGCUCCCCUAUAUGCGCCUGCGUUCUCUGCUACCCUGGCGCGCUUUGUGAACCGGCUGCGGGAUCCCUCUGGCGAAAGUUCUCGAACAUUUUCUCAGUUCGGCCUGGAGCCUCCCCUGCCCUCUGACUUAACGGCUUCUGCCUUCACCGACUCUGCCUCUUCCUCUGCCGCGGUGGAACAGCUGUUCAACCUGUACCAGAAUGAGGAUCUGUAUGUGCAGGAGGCUGCACCGUUGUUGGAUUUGGGAGUUCGUCUUCCCCAAGCGAAGGAGACUGGCCUGUUGCCCGUGUUCUCAGAGAAAACUAUUUCGGGUCAUGCUUCUGCAAGUGGUGUUCCUUCCCGGGCUCCCUCUGCCUCUGCUCCCGUCUCCUCUGCUGUUGCCCAAGCUGCCCCUGUUCCUCCCUCUUGAUGUUUCCCCUUUCUCUCCUGACUUUACCAAAAGAGAAUUUUGUAACUCUUUAAUUUGUACCAAUUAAACACUUACCGCCGGUUUUUGAUGUACAGCUUUGCUUCUUGAGCGUGCUUUAAUGAAAUUUCGUUCACC